ACUUUUGACACAACAUCACAUUUGACGACGCAAGUCCAUGGCGUUCGACAGCUGCGGCAACUUCAUCGCGAGCAUUGUAAAGAACACCGUUGCAUCCGAGCUAUGCACGUACCUAAAGACUGUUGGGGAUCGGAAGGUGAACUCGACCCUGAUGCAGAGUGUCGAUUGCAGGGACUUGACCUGCGAUCAAUCGCUGUUGAGCCACGACGCGUCGUUCGCGUCCAUCGCCAACUGCGCCGUAUUGGACGUCGCGACUGGAACGAACGUGGAGAUGAGUAAAUUCAGCUCUCUCUGCGGCAAUGUACGGGCUUCGUUGACUCCAACGACCUUCACGCCAAGCAGUAGUCACAGUGCCGCACCUACCACGUCAUCCACACCAUCUUACGUUGCUCCUGGAGCGACUGCCAGUCCCGCCGCCACCACAAUCUACAAUACCUCGUCAUCCUCCACCGUGACCAUCGUCAUCGUGGUCGCAGCUGCUGUGGUCAUGAUAUUGCUAGGCGCCAUGUUGUGGCAGCGUUACCGACAGACGACCACAAUCCCAUCGAAACAACUCGAUCCGCGAGCCUUUGUCAUGUUGGACGAGCCGCCGCCAUCGACCGUGGAUUCAAAUGGUACCAAGCAACCCUCUAGCCCUGCUGAAUCGACCUCGUUGACGUUGUUGGCCGACCUAAAAAACGUGGAUAUGGGGGCGUUAGCUCUCUUCCGAGUACGUCGAAGCGACGUCACACUCAUCCAGAGCUACCGCCAUCGCGGCGCGCAGUAUCACAUCCGACGGGCCGAGUACUUGGGCCAAGCUGUGGCCCUAACCUCUUGUCGAGACAGCCACCACAUCCCGUCCUUUGUCGCAGAAAUGAAACUCCUGUCCACCCUCGACUGUCCGAACAUUGUGCGGUUUGUAGGCGUGUGGUGGGGUACGUACACGUCUGAUUUGACGCUUGUGACAGAGUUUAUGGUCGGCGGCACCUUGCGCGAGGCGUUGGCUCGCUCGUCGUCGACUUUGUUUUUUUCUCACACCUUUCAACUGUCCUGGCAACAGAAACUGACCAUCGCACGCCACAUCGUGGACGGGUUGGUGUAUUUGCAUUCCCUUGACACCAAAGUGCUGCACCGCGACCUGACCUCCCACCAUGUGCUGCUAACGGUAUCGUCGCCGUCGUCGUCGUUGCCGUCGUGUUCCCAAUCCCUCCAGCCAUCGUCUGUGGUAGCCAAGCUCCAUGGCUUCCAUCGGUCGAGACCAGUACAGUGCGAUGAUCUGACGCUUACGGCGGGCGUCGGCACGCUCGUGUACGCAGCCCCAGAGGUGCUCCAAGGCGGAUACUACGAUGACCGCGCCGAUAUGUUUAGCUUGGGCGUGGUCUUGUCCGAGCUCGACACGGAGGAGAUGCCGUACUACGAGAACCUGCAAAUGUCAUGUGGAGGGAAGCCGCCGCUGUCGAAUGCGGAGCUAUCUGUGGGCAUCAUGACGGGGUCGUUGGAGCCUACCUUCUCACGCGACUGUCCUGCCUGGUAUGUGGCGCUAGCUCGGGAUUGUUUACAGCUGGACCCACACCUCCGUCCAUCGGCAUCGAAAGUAGCCUAUCGCAUGCGAGUUCAGAAGUAACCAAUACUAUAGAGUGAAAGAAAUACCACUACAACUUUUCGC